AUGUACGCGUCUGUCUUCGAUCAUCUCGUGGACCUCAUACCGCUGCGCCACUACCUCCCGUCGCAAGCUGACUCUGUCGCCCUGAAGUAUGAGAAGGUGGAGGGCGGCAAGGCAGAGGCGAAACGGGCAGCUAAGGAGCAGUCGAAGAAAGCAAAGAGGCUCAAGCUGGACCCAGCAGCAGCGCAGCGCACCUCCCAGGCGCUGCAGGCGCGGCAGCAGCAGCAGGAGCAGGGGGGAGGGCGCGGGUUGGCGGGCGGAUUCGGGGGAGGUGGUUUCGGGUCAGGGGGAGGGGGAGCCGGAGGGGAUGGGAAGAAGAGCGGGAAGGGGGAGAUGGACGAUCCGAUGGAUCAACUGUUGAAAGAAGCAGGAGUGGGCAGGAAGGGGCGAGCAGCAGACUAUCAGGAGCUGAGAGCGCGGCUGCAGCAGCGACUGGAGGAGCUGAGGAAGCGGAGGAACGCGGAGAGAGCCUCUGCUGCUAGCGAGUGGCGGAAGAAACAGAGGGAGACGGGCGCUGAGGGGGACAAGAAGGGGAAGAAGGGGGGGAAGGAGCGGAAGAAGGGGAAAGGAGGCGUCGGGGGUGGGGGUGAGAGGGAGGGUGCGGUGGUGGGUGGUAAACGGAAGCAGCAGGAGAGGGAAGGGGAUGGGGGGAAGGAGGGGAAGAAGGAGCGGAUUGGGAAGGAGAAGGGUGGAGGGAAGGGAGGAAGAGGAGGGCUAGUGGGAGCAGCAGCAGCAGGAGGAGGAGGAGGAGGAGGAGGGGGAGGAGGGGGAGGAGGGGAGGGGCAUGGGUUAGCAGAUGUUGAGGUGAUUCCUUUGGAUCUGGAGUUUGGGCGGGUGAAGCUGGGGGAUAAGGCAGCAGCAGGGCCGGGGAUGGGAGGCGGGAAGAAGGGGAAGAAGGACGGCGGGAAGGUAUCUGCCAAGAAGCUUCUGGAGCAAGCGGCUAAGAUUCAGGAGAAGCUCAAGGGGCGGAAGCUGGGAGAUAAGGCCUUGGCUGAAGUGGAGACCCACCUGUGGAACGCGGCGAGCAGCAGGGCGGCAGGCGGAAAGGUGUUUGACGAUCCAAACAUGCUCAGCAAGCAGCAGAAGAGGGAGCAGCGGCAGAAGGAGAAGAGCGCCAAGCUAUGGAAGGAGAGGCAGAUGGCAGUGCGUAAAGCAAUGAAGGACAGACAGGACAAGCGCAAGGGGAACAUUCAGGAGCGAAAGGACAACAAGAUCGCUGCUAAGAUCGCUCGGAGGGAGAAGAAGCUGAUGCGGCCGGGCUUUGAAGGGCGGGCAGGGGGCACAGCGUUGAAUGCUCAAGCAGCAGCACCCACACCAUAA